CCCCUUCCGCGGUACCGGAGCGCGCGCGGCGGCUCCGGAACACCGGAACCGAACCCGGGACCCCCGAACCGAACCCGGGACUCCAGAACCGGCCCCGGGACCUCAGAACCGACCCCGGGACCCCCCGGUACCGACCCCAGAUUUCCCCGAACCCCGCCAUGGAACCGGACCCGGACCCGAAUCCCGGAGCCGCCACCGACCCGACACCGGCACCGGCACCGGGGGGGAAGCGGAGACGAUUCACGCUUCGACAGGAGGGUCCCGAAGACCCCCCGGUCCCGUCGCUGUUCCGAGCCUCCGCCGCGCCCCCCCCGGUGCCGGCGCCGGUUCCGGUUCCGAUCCCGCCCGGUGCCGCUUCUUACGCUGAGUUCGUGGUGCGGGGCUCGGGGGGCACCGGGAUCCGCGGGGAGCAGAACCGGGACCGGGGGCAGAACCGGGAGCAGAACCGGGAGCAGAACCGGGAUGGGGAUCCCGGACCCACCGGAACCGCAACCUCGGGACCCCUCCCGGGACCUCCGGGACCCCUCCCGGCCCCCGGGGACCGGGACCAGAACCAGAACCGGGACCAGAACCAGAACCGGGACCGGGACCAGGACCAGAACCGGGACCAGAACCGGGAGGUGCCGGCCCUGCCCGUGCUCAAACCGGGCACCAAGAGCAGCAGCAUCAUCGUCAGCCCGCGGCAGCGCGGCAAUCCGGUGCUGAAGUUCAUCCGCAACGUCCCCUGGGAGUUUGGGGACAUCGUCCCCGACUACGUCCUGGGCCAGAGCAGCUGCGCCCUCUUCCUCAGUCUCAGGUAUCACCACCUGAACCCCGAUUACAUCCACGAGCGGCUGCGGGCGCUGGGGCGGAGCUUCGGCCUGCAGGUGCUGCUGCUGCAGGUGGACGUGCGGGACCCCCACCAGGCUCUCAAGGACCUGGCCAAGGUUUGUCUCCUCACCGACUGCACGCUGCUGCUGGCCUGGAGCGCGGAGGAGGCCGGCAGGUACCUGGAGACCUUCAAAUCCUACGAGCAGAAACCGCCGGACCUGCUCAAGGAGCGCGUGGAGCAGGACUUCCUGUCGCGGGUGACAGACUGCCUGACCAGCGUCAAAUCCGUCAACAAAACCGACGCCCUGAGCCUGCUGGGCACCUUUGGGUCGCUGGCGGCCGUGGCGGGCGCGUCCCGGGAGGAUUUGUCCCUUUGUCCCGGCGUGGGACCCCAGAAGGCCAAGAGACUCUUUGAUGUCCUGCACGAGCCUUUCCUCAAGACCCCCCGAUGAGCCCCCAAAAACUCCUGAUUUUGGUAAUAAAUGACAUUUAGUGGUGA